ACUGCCAGACGCUUACAAAUCUCACAGUUUUGAUCUAAGAGACCGGAUGAGACCGCCCAACACCUCCACUCCCAGCAUCUAUAAAAUCAGAGGCACUUCACAUACACAGACAUUCUCAGGGACACUGAGAGCUUGCAUAUAAGCUCAUAUUCCAGGUUCCUUUCGAAAUGAGCAGCUCAGUGGGUCUCCUCCUGCUCUCAGCAUGUAUUCUGUUCACAUGCUCCUCAGCACAGAAAAGCUGCAGAAAUCGAUGUGGAGAACCUUAUUCACGAGGCAACGAGUGUCAGUGUGACUACGAGUGUCUCUCACACAACGAGUGCUGCAGAAACUACGAAUCUGUUUGCACUGAAAGAGGCUCCUGUAAAGGCCGAUGUGGUGAGCAUUUCAAGCGAGGGAGACAGUGUCAUUGUGAUAUCGAGUGUGUUAAAUACAAACAGUGCUGUCCAGACUAUGAGACCCAGUGCACCACUGAGGAUUCCUCAAUGGAAGAAGAAUACAGUGAGUUUGAGGUCACCACUCCUCUGGAUUACAUCACAUCUGAAGAAGCUGUAAGUGGUAGCAAGCCUUCUCCCUAUGACACCGACACAUUUGAAAACCAAAUAGAAUUACGCCCUUACCCGCUUGAUUCUGUAACAUUGCCAAGUAUAACUGUCUCUCCUUUGGCUGACAAAGACCCUGAUAUACCUACCUUUGAACCUGAGCAGCUUUCUCCUAACAACUCAGAUCCUAAUUUUCCUCCAAUAUCAACUGGUCAGGCUAUCAGCCAGGAACCUUCAGAACAGUAUGCAACUACCACAAGCACAACGGACAUCAAACCUGCAUCUGAACAGACUGACCUGAAAGCAGACCCAACAACUACAACUACCACAAAACCUACUGCUAUCAAUCCUCAGUCAGUCUUUGAACAGGACACCGACACAUUUGAAAACCAAACAGAAUUACGCCCUGACCUGCUUGGGUCUGGAACAGUGCCAAGUAUAAUUAGUUCUUCUUUGGCUGACAAAGACCCUGAUAUACCUAGCUUUGAACCCGAGCAGCUUUCUCCUAACAACUCAGAUCCUAAUUUUCCUCCAAUAUCAACUGAACAGACUGACCUGAAAACAGACCCAACAACUCUAACUACCGCCAAAGCAACUGCUAUCAAUCCUCAGACUGUCUUUGAAGAGGAUCAACUUUCCUACCUUGCAUCAGUUCCAACUCUUCCUCCUAAGAUGGCUUCAACUAGACCAAAUUCCACACCAAUGUCUGAACAAAGUGCAACAACAAACUCCCAGAGCACCUCAGAGCCCGAACCCACACCUUCAGCCAGUGCUCAGGCCAAUAAUACAGAUCAUGAGCCUUCUAACCCUGAUGACAGACUUGAUCCAGAGGUAAACCUUGAGAACCAGACAGAUGCUCAGUUGGAACCCAGUGAAAACACAACCCAAGAAAUCCAGGAAAAGGACUCAACAGACAAACCUACCAUUGAGAAAAUAACAGAAGCGCAAAAUGAACCCCAGGAUAUGAACAGCAUUCAUUCUACAAAGGAUUCACCAACUGACCCUGCCUUAAUAGAAACCCCUGCUUCCAUGAAGGUUAGCCCUUCUCCAACUAAAAUGCCAGAAAAACCCAUUAAACCUAUAGAUACUAGCAAAAACCUUCAGGAUUAUCAGGCAGAUGCCAACAGUGACACUAAUCUCUGCAGUGAUCUUCCAGUCAAUGGCUUGACUACGAUUAGGAAUGGCAGUGUUGUGGUUUUCCGAGGCCACUACUUUUGGAUGCUGGACUCCAGAAGAAAAGCUGGGCCUGCUCAGUUAAUCACAGACUUUUGGGGAAUCCCUUCUCCCAUUGACACUGUCUUCACGCGCUGUAACUGCCACGGCAAGACCUACAUCUUCAGGGGAGAUAAAUACUGGAGGUUUGAAAAUGACAUCAUGGAUGUCGGCUUCCCCAGACCCAUCAGUGAGGGAUUUGGACUUAGGGGACAAGUUGUCGCAGCUUUAUCCAUGCCUCAGUACAGAAGCAGAAGGGAGUCUGUAUUCUUCUUUAAAACAGGUGGACUGGCUCAGAGAUACAGCUACCUCAACAAACCUCACUGUGGCAGCAAGUCAACGGCAGUCAUAGUAAAGAAGAGAUUAAGAAGAGAAGCAGUCCCUUCUCUGGGUCAACAGAUCGAAAUUAGUAAGACGUGGGUAGGCUUUCCGCCCACAGUGACAUCAGCUGUGUCAGUACGCACUACAGGAGGGGACGGAUACAAAUACUAUGUGUUUUCAUCAACCAAAUACUACAGUUUGAAGAUGGAAGGUGACACUCCAGUCAUUCUCACUCCUAGGGCUGGACAAGACAAGCAAAAAUCAGCCAAAAGCUGGUUCAGAUGCCCAGAGACAAGCAAUAUGUAGGACACGCUAUGCCAUUUAAAAUGAGGACUCUGUGCAAGAUCGUUUUAUUAUAUAAUUGAAUAUUGAUGUAAAACUUAAGUUUCUUUUAACACAAAAGAAAAACACAUUUAUGUGAAAGUGUCUCACUAACGGCUUUUUUAAAACGCCAGCUUUCCAAAGUUCAAACCUUACUUACUUGACCAAUCAGGUUUAGAGGGCAAGCGAGAAAAACAGUGCCAGUGAAUAAGGAUAUUUAUGACUCAUAUUCCAAAACUGAAAAACAAACAAUACCGAGGCUAUUUUUGGAACAUUUAUUGGUACAUGGUGUGACUAGACUGUAUACAGCCAGUUUAUCAGCUCCACUUUCAUUCAUUUUCUUAUACACAUCAUACUACUAUUAAUAUUUGAAUAAACUAAUAUUUAUUACAGAUCAUACAUCUAAGCAUGUCAGACUGGUUAGGGCCAGCAAGAAUGUAGUUAUAAAAUGGGUCAAAAGUGUCUCAGUAUUGCACAAUCACCAUCUCAGCAAUAUCAAGUUUCCUCUUCGUGUUUUGUGUAAAAGCAGCUUUAAAAAAAAAAAGAAAGAAUCAUUUUGUACCAAAAAAUUCUUUAUUAUAUCCACAGAAUAUAUAGCAACACUUUAGUUUCAGCAUAAAAGCUUAAAGUAAAUACAAAUGGAUGGAAAUCUGAACUUGAGAAUGAUCACAUCUCUAGUGGAACAGCUUGUCGAAGGGUUUGAGUAGCAACUAGAAUGACUGCAACAUUUCUGGAUUCAUCUGGCAAAGCGCCUUCGCACUCCCAUAACUACUGAUCCAUCUGCAGUAAGAAACAGGAUAAAGCACUGUUAUCUUACAGGCAUGCUCUUUAACAUAUAAUGUCCACUAGAUGCAUUUCAUACCUUCUUUCAAUGAUUUCUAAUAAAACUGCCCCAAUGUUUAUCUUGUUAUCGAUGUCUGUGUGUGUACAUAACAUGGUAAAUAAACAUGGUAAAUAAAAUACCUCUCUUAACGAAA